CUUUCAGGCCGGUGGGAAGAUGGCGGCCGCGGAGCCGUGAUCUCGAAACAGUUUAAAAUAUCUCCGUCCGCCUGGGCCUGGGAAAGGAGCCAGUGACUUACCGAGAGGGAUGGGCGACACGGAGAAAUUCUGCUAUGUUUACAGCUGCGACCUGGAUAUUAACGUCCAGCUGAAGAUUGGAAGCUUGGAAGGCAAACGGGGGCAAAAAAGCUAUACAGCUCUUCUGGAAGAUCCAUUGCUUAAAUUUUCAGGCUUGUAUCAGGAAACUUGUUCUGAUCUCUAUGUGACAGGCCAAGUAUUUGCAGAAGGAAAACCUUUGGCUCUUCCUGUUCAGACUUCUUAUAAAGCUUUCAGCACAAGAUGGAACUGGAAUGAAUGGUUAAAAUUACCUGUGAAAUAUCCAGAUUUACCACGGAAUGCUCAAGUCGCUCUCACAAUCUGGGAUGUUUAUGGACCUGGAAAAGCUGUCCCGAUUGGAGGAACUACUGUUAGUCUUUUUGGAAAAUAUGGCAUGUUUCGACAAGGCAUGCAUGACUUGAAAGUUUGGCCAAAUGUGGAAGCAGAUGGGUCUGAGCCUACUAUGACAGCAGGAAGGACGAGCAGCAAUGUAUCUGAAGAUCAAAUGAGCCGUCUAGCAAAGCUCACCAAAGCGCAUCGCCAAGGUCACAUGGUGAAGGUUGAUUGGUUGGAUCGACUUACUUUUAGAGAGAUAGAGAUGAUAAAUGAGAGUGAAAAAAGAAGCUCUAAUUUUAUGUAUCUUAUGGUUGAAUUUCCACGUGUUAAAUCUGAAGACAAAGAAUACAGUAUUGUUUAUUAUGAAAAGGAUGGUGAUGAAUCAUCUCCAAAUCUAACAAGCUCAGAGAUUGUCAAAGUGCCAGACCCUCAGAUGUCAAUGGAGAAUUUAGUAGAAAGCAAGCAUCAUAAACUUGCUCGAAGCUUGAGAAGUGGACCUUCGGAUCAUGACCUGAAGCCAAAUGCUGCUACCCGUGACCAGCUUAAUAUUAUUUUAAAUUAUCCUCCCACUAAACUACUGUCUUCUGAAGAGCAAGAUCUAGUUUGGAAAUUUAGAUAUUAUCUCACCAACCAAGAAAAGGCUUUGACUAAAUUUUUAAAGUGUGUAAACUGGGACUUGGCCCAAGAAGCUAAACAAGCCUUGGAGUUAUUAGGAAAGUGGAAACCAAUGGAUGUGGAAGAUGGUCUAGAGUUGCUUUCCUCCCAGUUCACUAAUCCAACUGUAAGGCGGUAUGCUGUUGCUAGGUUACAACAAGCAGAUGAUGAGGAUUUGCUGAUGUACCUGCUUCAGCUUGUCCAGGCUUUAAAGUAUGAAAACUUCAAUGACAUAAAAGUUGGAUUAGAACCAAACAGAAGAGAUAGCAAUCAAACUGCAAUGAAUGAAAGUAUGUCUGGAUCGCUAACUGGUGCUUCAGAAAUGGAGAGCUCCCAAAUAAUCUCCAGUCCGUUUCCUCCAGUAUCCCCACCUCUUCCAAUUUCUAAAGUAAAAGAUGCCACAGAUGGAGAUAACUUAGAGCAAGAUCUUUGUGCAUUUCUAAUAUCAAGAGCUUGUAGGAAUUCCACUCUGGCCAACUAUUUAUACUGGUAUGUUAUUGUAGAAUGCGAAGACCAGGAUACUCAACAACGUGACCCAAAAACUCAUGAGAUGUAUUUGAAUGUGAUGAGGAGGUUUAGUCAAGCUCUGCUAAAGGGAGACAAAAACGUGAGAGUCAUGCGCUCUCUUCUAGCUGCUCAGCAAACAUUUGUGGAUCGACUAGUGCAUCUUAUGAAAGCUGUUCAGCGAGAGAGUGGGAAUCGGAAGAAAAAGAUUGAAAGGUUGCAGACUUUAUUGGCAGACAAUGAAAAAGUGAAUUUAUCCGAAAUUGAACCUAUACCUUUGCCUUUAGAGCCACAAGUUAAAAUCAGAGGUAUCAUCCCAGAAAAAGCAACAUUAUUUAAGAGUGCACUUAUGCCAGCAAAAUUGAUAUUUAAAACUGAAGAUGGAGGUAAAUAUCCUGUUAUAUUCAAACAUGGUGAUGAUCUCCGUCAGGAUCAGCUUAUUCUCCAGAUUAUCUCUCUUAUGGACAAGCUGUUACGAAAAGAAAAUCUUGAUUUGAAAUUGACGCCCUACAAGGUGUUGGCAACGAGUACCAAACAUGGCUUCAUGCAGUUUAUACAGUCUGUGCCUGUUGCUGAAGUAUUGGCGACAGAAGGAAGUAUACAGAACUUUUUCAGAAAACAUGCACCCAGUGAAAAAGGGCCCUCUGGUAUCAGUGCUGAGGUUAUGGACACCUAUGUUAAAAGCUGUGCUGGAUAUUGUGUGAUUACAUACAUCCUUGGAGUUGGGGACAGACAUUUGGACAACCUCCUGCUGACAAAGACUGGGAAAUUAUUUCACAUAGACUUUGGAUAUAUUUUGGGUCGUGAUCCUAAACCUUUGCCACCUCCCAUGAAAUUGAGUAAAGAAAUGGUAGAGGGCAUGGGUGGAAUGCAGAGUGAACAGUACCAAGAAUUCCGUAAACAAUGUUAUACUGCCUUUCUGCACCUGAGAAGAUACUCUAAUCUCAUACUAAAUCUGUUCUCGCUAAUGGUAGAUGCCAACAUUCCAGAUAUUGCUUUGGAACCUGACAAGACUGUGAAAAAGGUGCAGGACAAGUUCCGCCUAGAUCUUUCUGAUGAAGAAGCAGUUCAUUACAUGCAGAGUUUGAUCGAUGAAAGUGUCGGUGCCUUGUUUGCUGCUGUUGUGGAACAGAUACACAAAUUUGCUCAGUACUGGAGAAGAUAAAUACUGUGUUUCUGGAGAGGCUCAACAUGUCAUGAUUAGUGAAUAAGAAUCUCAUCGGUUUCAAGAUGUGAAGGUUACUGCACAAGAACAAAUUAAACUGCAGUUCCUUUCAUAAAUAAUUCAACGCUAAGGAAACAUUAUGCACUAUGAUUUGGACAGCAAAAUAUUUGAGUAUAUAUCCACUGUGCUAAUCUUUUCAGUGGUCAGUAGUGAGAGGACUGAACCAAGUGUUUAGCAACAUCCCAGGGAAAACUGCAGCAAAGUUAUUUUCUUACAGAGUUCUGGUGGAUUACUUCAAGUGACCAGUGGUGUAUAUUGUAACAAAUUGUAUUCUUUGCAACUUCUGCCAUUUAAUUCCAGGGGAAAAUACCAAAAAAACAUUUUUUUUGCAUUCAAACUGUCACCAUUAAAACUUUUGAACAAUCUUGAAACUGUUGAAUGCUGUUAUUGUCUAAAGUACCAUCUUUCAACUUUUACACAAAUACGUUAAUCUCUUGGAAAAUUCACAGUUGAAGCUUUUUUUUUGUUUUUG